GUAACUGUUCAUACAAACAUGGCGAGCGAUUAGCAAGCUAUUUCUUCUUAAAAAAUAUUGGCUGGAAUGGCUUUGAAUCCUCUUGCCAAUCCUAAAGGAGUAAAAUUACUCUGUGAACUCUGUCAGAAACCAGCUUUUGAACUAUGCACACGAUGUAGGGUGACUUAUUAUUGUUCUGCAGAACAUCAAAAAGCAGACUGGCUGGGUAUUCAUGAAAAGAUAUGUCAAUUGUUGAUACCGUUGAGGACUCCGUUACCAAUUAUUGGAUCAGAAGAAGAUCGACAACAUCGUCAUAAUCAACGAGUUAUCAGACAGAAACAAAUGAUAGAAUUAUGUCGUACAACUGGUCAGAAAUUGUUGUUUGAAGGAAAAUAUGAAAGUGCUAUACCAGCUGCACUUGCGUCAUUAAAGUUUGUCAUUCAAGUUUAUGGGCUGUCAAGUAUUGAGUUGGUUCCUUCCUAUCUUAUUCUUGGUGAAGCUAGUAUUGGCUUGAAAAAGUUAUUUCAAGCAAGUGAGUAUUUAUCUCAAGCACAAUGGACAGUUAUAAAGACACCAGAUUGCAGUGAUGAAAUGAAAUCAAAAUUAUACAGAAACCUUGGAUUACUUGAAGCAGCUAAAAAGAAUUACUUUCAAGCUUUAAGUCACCUUUCAAAUGAUGUUUAUUAUUCUUCAUGUGCUUAUGGUACUGAAGACAUUCAAACGUCAGGAGGAUAUUUUCAAAUGGCUAACAUUUUUUACCAACAAAACAGACUUGAUGUGGGAUUUUCUCUUUACAACAAGGUUAUUGAUAUCUGGAAUGAUUAUCUCAGUCAGUUAGUGGAGCAGAGAACUCAGGAACCUGUGGUUACUACUGAAAUAAUUGGACAAAUAAACAGUGACGUCACUGAUGACGUUGACGUUCUUGGCGAAGCAAGAGAAGCGGAAGCAAUGCAGGUGUUGAAGGCUAUUUUAGAAUUACGUGAACAACAGCCAGUACAAAAUGCUUCUAUAAUGUGUAAAAUUUAUCUUACACUUGUUAUGCUUUAUUUUAUCAUUAAUGAUGUUAAACAGGCAGAUAUUUUCUUAAAUAAAGCAAGAAGUUCAUGUGAAAACAUUGUAUCUGGUGAUUCUGUGAUGGCACGGAAAAUCACACUGUUGUCCAAAGCAAUUUCACAAAUGGAUAUAACAUCAAUAGCUUCAUAAAACGGUACAGUUGUAACAGUUAACCACUUUUGAGAAAUUUAAUCAAAACACAAUGUAUAUAUCACAUAUUAAUGACAAAAGUUUAAAAUUAUAAAUCUCAUGGUUAUCAAGUAA